AUGGACAUGGUGCAGAACACAGAUGCCUCGGUGGUGCGGCAGGUGGUUCGGGAAAAUUGGCACAAGUGUCUGGUUGGGUCAGACUAUCACUGUGGCUUUAUCGCGAAUGCCGCAAUCAACUACUCCAAUCCUACAGUCCUAAGUCGCACUAUGUCAGAGAAUGGUGACAAGGUGCUCAGGCAUUCAAAACGUGAGAUCGCCAAGCAUUUUCGCGGUGAAGACCUUGAUGAAAUCGCAGACCUCAUUGGUCCCAAGCUUGGUGAACGGUUCCAGGAUAGGGUCAUGGCCACACGUUUGGAAACCAUCGGGGCCCAGGACCUCAUCAACGCUUUGGCUAGAGCUGAGCGCCUUGGCUACCACAUCAACGAUGUUGUCAAGAAGAAACCCGGCCAGGGAGGCGAAACUGUUAUCCCAUCUAUAUCUGCGCUGCUUACUUCGCUUCCGCCUGUACAACCACACCAAAUCCAUGGAGGAGUCCCCCCGCCUCCGAUGCCACCACACAUGGGCCCAGGACCCCCACAACAGCCUCAGCAACCACCUCGAGCACCUCAAGGCCAACACCCUAUCCCCAUUAUGCGGAACGGGAAUAUUACUUUUCAGCCGCCCUCCACUCCUUCCCAGUCUCCAACGGCUGCCAUGCCAGUCGGAAAUGUCGCGAGCCUGCCACAUCCAAACCCGAACCAGACACCCGGGAUAAUGUAUUGUGCAACAUGCCAUCGUCCUUGCAGCAGUUCAGAUGCUCUUAGCUAUCAUUCGAAAAAGGCCAAGUGCCACACCUCCAGGCCAGUAGGAACCAUUGAUGUAGAUGAGUGCAUUCAUUGCGGCUGUCAGUUCGAAAGCCCAGGUGGCCUCUCCUAUCACACGAAGAGCUUCGUUUGCGGACAACACAACGAGGAGACCAGAUCACACAUCUUGGAAUUGCUAAGACAGAGAGAACAAUUACAAAAGAUGACACCGCAUCAGCCAUCCAACAACCUCGGACCUCCGAGUUAUCAUAUGACACCGCAUCAGCCAGCCCCCCUUGCACCUGCUGUCAUUAAGUCAAACAUAACCCCAAGUCGCAGAUCGGUUGGCUCUGCGCCGGCCGCAAGCCCCUCAACCAACGACCCCUACGCAAAGCUUACUCCAGAGAACCGAGCAAAAUUCAAUGCAGAAAUGAAAGAGGUUGAAGAGCGUUAUGGUCGCUUGAGGAAAGACGCAGAGGCGCUUCCGGCUGGCCAGCGUGAAGAAGAGCUGGCCAAGAUCAAGAAUCGAUACAAUACCAAGCAGAGCAAUACCAGGAAGAAGUAUGGAAUCCGCCUUCGUGAGAGGCGUACCAACGCAGAUAUGGAACGCUCCUGGAAUGCUGAUCAAGCACACUCCGUAAAGAAGGCCCGUGUCGACGAUGGGCAAGCGAGACCAACUAGUAAUCAAGUUAUGGAAUCGCCACGUAGGAGAGUCCCCCUCGCCGAGAUGGGAGGACUAUCUGCCUCCUCGGCUACUGCGGAGCUGGUUGAUCCUACAGCAUCGUCUACGAAUCCUCGGCCACCACCUCCAGCAUAUGGCCAACCAGCAGCAGUUGUUCACGGAGUUCCACUUGGGACAUAUCAAGGGACACCUGAUGACCCCAUGCAGAUUGAUGACGAUACGAGCACGGGCACGGAUUCUGACAACGUGGACAUCCCGGCUAGGAUCUAG